AUGCCCUCCGAAGACGUCGCUACGAUGCGUUACAUACUGCUCUGUUUGCUGUCUCUUACCUUCAACAGGAACCUGGCUUUCGUACUCGACAAACAGAACCCAUACUCUCAGUUUCGCAAAUGGAACGCCGGCUUAAACGGCACACUAGAAUUGGAAUUCAAAACGGACCAACCGAACGGUCUAUUAUUGUACACUGACGAUGGUGGCACAUAUGAUUUUUUCGAAUUGAAACUAGUGAAUGGUGAGUUGCGGCUGCGAUACAAUUUGGGCGGCGGAGCUCAGAUUAUAACGGUCGGUAGUAAUCUUAACGAUGGACAUUGGCACAAAGUUCAGGUGGCUCGACGUGAUGAGCACACAUCGCUUAUGGUGGACGGUGUCACCCAGAGUAAGACAUCGCGCGGCAAAGAAUUCGCAUUUGGCAAGUUCAACACCAACUCAGACGUUUUCGUCGGCGGUAUACCACCUUCGUGA